CAACGGCCUUGCCGGAGUGUCAGUUAACGUUUGACUUUGGCGCGCAGCUCACGCAAGCUUUCGCAACGGCGGCAAUAAGUGGUUGAUAAAUUGAAUAAAGAAAGUCGAAAAUUGAAAUAAAAACGGAAAAGGACGCGCAGUUAAUUGAAAGUGAUUUUUAUAAAGAUAAAAUAAUUUAAUUUUUCAAAACAAAAUCAAUCGCCAAAAUGCGCUACAAUCACCAAAUUACCAGCUUCUUGAUAUGUCUCACGACACAAUUGCUAGUCACGACGUCAAGCACACCGUUGCCCACAAUCGAAACCUUAGGACCAAUCACAGCCUUGGACUACGCACAACAUCCCAAUGAAGUUUUGCCCAUGCAGCCGUUAUUACUCUAUCCGAUGCCGCGAAACCUUCAACUACAAGGACGCGAGCUCGACGACGAUGACAACGAGAUAAUUUAUGUGAAACUGCUGAAGCGCAAAGCCUACCGUCCAGCAAAGCUGCAUCCCAAUGAUUUGGAUGAUGAGAGCAAUGGGCCGCGUGAGCUCACCAUGAAUGACAUAUUCUAUGUGAAGGCGCUGACCAAUGGACAGUUCAGCCAUCAGCGUCUCAAAGUGUACCGGCUACCGGAAUUCUACGCGAUAAGCGUCUUCCGCAAAGGUGCGAAACUGUAAGCGACACCAAACUCAGGAAUCUUUUAUAAGCGCAACUCUGCCGAAAAUCUGUAAAUGAUUUGUUGUAUUUUUAUUUAAAUUUUAAUUUUGUAGAUGAUUAGUUUUAAGUGCUGCUUACAGCUGAAAUGUUAUGUAUAUGACUUAUUGUGAUUGAUUUCUUAAUUAUAAACAUAUAUACAUAUAUAUUUUUAAAAAUAAAUAUUUAAAUAUAUAA